UAUUUCUCUUUUCUUUUUGUUUUCAUAGUUUUUUAUCAAUAAAUCUGCCAUUACUGAUUUUCCAAGAUUUGCCCAUCGAGGAAUCUUGAUUGACACAUCAAGGCAUUUCCUGCCCUUGAAAAACAUCUUUGCUAAUUUGGAUGCCAUGGCUAUUAAUAAGUUCAACGUCCUACAUUGGCACAUUGUAGACGACCAAUCCUUUCCUUAUCAAAGUGUCACUUUUCCUGAACUAAGUGCCCAGGGGGCCUAUUCGAACAACCAUAUUUACAGCCCCACUGAUGUCCGCCUUGUGAUAGAAUAUGCUCGGUUACGAGGAAUUCGAGUUAUCCCAGAGUUUGAUACUCCAGGGCAUACACAAUCUUGGGGAAAAGGGCAUAAAGAUGUCCUCACACCGUGCUACAGUGGAGAACAUCCCAGUGGUUCUUAUGGACCUGUAAACCCUAUUUUGAAUACAACUUAUGAUUUCAUGGUGAAAUUUUUCAAAGAAGUUGGAACAGUAUUUCCUGAUGAAUAUAUCCACUUAGGAGGAGAUGAAGUGAACUUCUCAUGUUGGAAGUCCAAUCCUGAUGUGACAGAGUUCAUGAAGAAAUAUGGGUUUUGGUAUAGUUAUUCUAAACUGGAAUCCUAUUACAUUGAGAAAAUAUUGGACAUAAUGUCUUCUGUAAAUAAGAAGUCGAUAGUCUGGCAGGAAGUCUUUGAUAAUGGUGUGCAGCUACAGCCAGAUACCGUAAUUGAAGUGUGGUUGUCACAUUAUCACGAAGAACUGAGAAAAGUAACAAAAGAAGGGCACCCUGCAAUUCUAGCAGCACCUUGGUAUCUCGACAUCAUUAGUUAUGGCCAGGAUUGGAAGAAAUACUACAACGUAGAACCACUGAAUUUCCUGGGAUGCAAAAGUCAGAAAGACCUGGUGGUUGGUGGCGAAGCCUGUCUUUGGGGAGAAUAUGUGGAUGCAACUAACUUCAUGUCCAGACUCUGGCCUCGGGCAUCUGCUGUUGGGGAGAGACUGUGGAGCAGUAAAAAUGUAACAGACAUUGAAGAUGCUUAUAGCAGACUUAAUGAACAUCGUUGUCGCAUGGUUAGGCGUGGAAUAGCAGCCCAGCCUUUGUUCGUUGGAUACUGCAGCCAUGAAAGAAGAGAUUCAUAACAGACCCCAGAUAUAAAGAUACCCAUUGUGCCUUUUUGGGAAGGAAGCCUGCCACUUUGUAAACAGUUGCACUGAAACAAUGUCAUUUUGAAAUUCUGGCAUUCCAGAUGUAGGCAACAUUCUUUUCUUUUAAAUGUUUCAAAAUAAAUGUUAUUGGGUUUUUUUUAGAGAAAUUAAAAUCAAUAGUUUAAAAAAAAACAUGGGACACAGAAUCUUAUUGAGUCAGGGCAGCCAUUUCCUUUCAAUAAGCAACAAAAAGCAUUUA